AUGCACAAAGUAUUUGCCUCAGAUUUCUUCAACUUCGAAUUCCUUCGUCUCCUUGGCACUGUUCCCUUCCAGGGAGCAGAGGUUGGCGAGUGCUUGACUACCGCGGGACGCAUCAAAGAUGGUGAUCCUGAGAGUUGGUAUCGCGCCUGGCGUGACCAGGCAGAAAAGGCACAAGCCCUAGCAGAAGAAGCUGCUGCUGUCGGCGAUAAGACCGGUGCUUGCUGGGCUUACAUCCGUGCUGCCAAUUAUUGGCGGGCCAGCGAGUUUCUGCUGCACUGCACGCCCAAGGAUCCGCGCAUAUUGGCUUCUUCAAAGGCCAGCGUGAACGCCUUCGACAAAGGCUGGGUUCUUCUAGAUGCCACUGUCAAGAACUUUGAGAUUCCUUACGAGAAGGAUAUCAAACUGCCUGGCAGACUCUAUCUUCCUGCUCCGCACCACAGGCUGCCUGGCAAGAUUCCUGUCGUCCUUCAGACUGGAGGCUUUGACUCUACUCAGGAAGAGCUCUACUUCUAUGGUGCUGCUGGUGCUCUUCCCCGAGGAUAUGCCGUCUUCAGUUUUGAUGGACCCGGUCAAGGCCUUCCCCUACGUGUUGGGAAACUGAAACUCCGUACAGACUGGGAGUACGUCGUCAGCCAAGUCCUGGAUUUUGUCACAGAUGACGUAGCUCCAGAGUAUGAUCUUGAUCUUGAACGGCUAGCCAUCUUUGGGGCUUCCCUUGGCGGCUACCUGUCACUACGUGCGGCAGUCGAUCCCCGAAUCAAAGCGUGCGUCUCUUGUGACGGGCCUCUGGAUCUAUUCGAGAUAACCCGCAGCCGGAUGCCACCCUGGUUCAUCAAUGGUUGGCUCUCCGGCUGGGUAAGCGAUGGGGUCUUCAACUGGGUAGUAGAUGGCCUCACUGCUGUGAACUUUCAGAUUGCAUGGGAGUUUGGGCACGGCAAAUGGGUUUUUGGGGUUGAAACGCCGGCAGAUGUGCUACGCGUCAUGCAGAAGAUCUCACUCAAAGGUGGAUACCUGGAAAAGAUCAAGUGCCCCACGUUAAUAACUGGCGCUGCGGAUUCGUUCUACUUCACGCCUGAUAUCAACGCCAACAUCAUAUUCGAGGGGCUGACGGCUUUGGAACCCAAUGACAAGCAUUUGUGGAUUGGUAAGGGGGUUGAAGGUGGAGGGUUGCAAGCCAAGAUUGGAGCUCUAGCGGUUGUUCACCAUAAGAUGUUUACGUGGUUGGAUAGUACUUUUGCCAUCAAGCGGGAUGUAUUGUAG